AUGGAGGAUGAGUAUUCUAAGUUCGUCAGGAGGAUGAACCCGCCCAGAGUUGUGAUUGACAACGAUACUUGCGAGGAUGCCACUGUUAUCCAGGUUGACAGUGUCAACAAACAUGGAAUCCUCCUAGAUGUUGUCCAAGUGCUCGCAGAAGUAAACCUUAUAAUAACAAAAGCUUACAUCUCAUCUGAUGGGGUGUGGUUCAUGGAUGUGUUUAACGUGAUUGAUCAGAAUGGGGAAAAAAUCAGAGACCAGGAUAUUAUCAAUUAUAUUCAAAUGAGACUUGAAAGCAAUGCCAGCUUUGUACCCUCUAUGAGAGAUUCUGUUGGUGUGAUGCCCUCAGAAGAGCACACCUCAAUUGAGCUCAGUGGUACCGACAGACCUGGUUUAUUCUCUGAAGUGUGUGCAGUUCUUGCAGACCUUCACUGUAAUGUGGUAAAUGCUGAGAUAUGGACACACAAUGCUAGAGCUGCUGCUGUAGUUCAUGUCACAGAUGAUUCCACUGGUUGUGCAAUUAAAGAUCCAAACCGUCUCGCUACAAUUAAGGAGUUACUUUGCAAUGUUCUCAGAGGAAACAGUGAGUUGAAGGCCGCUAAAAUGACACUUGCAACCCCUGGAGUUACAAACAGAGAUAGAAGGUUGCAUCAGCUUAUGUUUGCCGACAGGGAUUAUGAAAAGGUUGAAAGAGCAGAACUACAGAGAAUUGAGGAUAAGGGCUCAAGACCCCAUGUAACUGCAUUGGAUUGCAGUCAGAAGGAUUACACUGUUGUUACCAUGAGAUCAAAAGAUCGACCAAAAUUGUUAUUUGACAUCAUCUGCACUUUAACGGACAUGCAGUACGUGGUUUUUCACGGAAUGGUCAAUACAGGGAGGAUGGAAGCUUAUCAGGAAUUUUAUAUUCGACAUGUUGACGGGCUUCCUAUAAGCUCAGAAGCUGAGCGAGAACGUGUUGUACAGUGUCUUGAAGCAGCCAUUGAAAGGCGGGCAUCUGAGGGGCUGGAACUACAGCUGUGCACAGACGACCGGGUUGGACUUCUCUCGGAUAUCACCCGGAUAUUCAGGGAGAACAGCUUGUGUGUCAAACGAGCAGAAAUUUCAACUAAAGGUGGAAAAGCUAUAGACACUUUCUAUGUCACAGACGUGACAGGAAACACAGUUGACCCGAAGAUUAUUGAUUCAGUUCGCAGGCAGAUUGGGCAGACCAUACUGCAGGUGAAACUUAACUCAAGCCCCCCACCAAAGGCCCCUCAAGGGACAACAAUGGGAUAUCUCUUUGGGAACUUAUUUAAAGCUCGAAGUUUCCAGAAUUUUAAAUUGAUUAGAUCCUACUCAUAG